AUGACAGUGCCUCUGCCGCUACGCCACCCAGGCCCUCACUCAGGAGCCAAAUUAAGGCGGUGGGCGACAGCAUUACUCUUAUCCUCACCCGAAUUACAAAUUGGAGAGGCUCUCAACACGCCACCAGCACUCCGACCCCGACACGAGCCUCCGUUCACGGUAAGCUUUGACUGGCGACUGAACAGCGCUGGCAGCAUUGAAGGUCGGCCAUCGUCCAGUUCGCGGAGCCCACCCACGUCUUUCACUCUACACCAAGCCAGUGACGGGCUGCGAUGGUUUUUUCAGGGAUCGGUGCCGGAGUUAAUCGCCGAGUCCGACGUCGCUCGACAGGCGCUUACCCGCGAGCUCUUGACAGGAGGUCUCGUUUUUGAAGCGAACCCGCAGAUUCACAAUUUUCCUUGGUUUAUUCCGGACACAACGUCCAACAUUCACAUCGUUCAGGAACUCGGUCGCCAGGCUUUUCGGUUUCACAAGAAAGUAUUUGCCCGCCCCUUGAAGGAUUUUGUCUCACGUCUCGACGACAGGGCUCUCGUCGACAAGUGGCAGAGUGCCGCUCUCAGGCAAUCUCCGCGGCAAGUGUGGGAUCAUUGUCAUGGACUCUCUCCGUAUCAAGUAUUGACAGGGUAUCGGGUCGCGACGCGCCAGCUCAACCUGUACCAUGCGGCGCGCCCUGAGGACAAAAGUUGCCGGAAGGCACCAGCCUGUCACGGAUGUGUAGAGACGAUCAUGCAUGUUUUUUGGGAGUGCAACAGCGCAACUGCCCUAUGGGUUAAACUAAUUGAGCACUGGACCGGGGAACGCGCGUCCCGCGAGCGGACCCAACAAUUCCUGGUCACCCGCGCCAGUCGCCAGGCCCACACGAAACUGUCACACCGGAUGAAAAUCUUAACCGACCGAUUUCAAGACGACGUAGCUGCGGCCACCCGCGUAUGGAAAGAAAUAUGGCAUAUUCUGGCGACGAUGUGUCAGACAAGGAUAUGGACAGACCGAAAUGCGGCAGUCUUCCGGGCAGAGCCUAUCGAUAUUACAAGGGGACCGACAGUUUCUGGGCCUCGUGCAUCCGCCAGCUUUGAGCUAUAG